GUUUAUGAUAAACUUAGAAUGUUUAACGGGGGCGGAGCUGGGUGGGCGUGGUAUGGAGCUACGCCUACUCCCUCCCACCUUGGCCUACACUCUGCUCCACCCACUCACCCCGCCUUGACACACCCAUUCCAGUCUAGAGACAUUCAAGAGGAUAAAAAACCAGAUUUCUCUGACGCUGCUUCCUUCCAUGAUUACGGAAGUGAAGGUCUAAAUGAUGCUUUGAGUGAUGGUAACUCAGAACAUAACUCUUCUGCUGAUGAGGAUUCUCAACUCAGGUUAAAACGGAAGCUGCAGAGAAAUAGAACUUCUUUCACAAAUGAACAGAUUGAACAGUUGGAAAAAGAAUUUGAGAGGACUCACUACCCUGAUGUGUUUGCUCGGGAAAGAUUGGCGGAGAAAAUAGGGUUACCAGAAGCAAGGAUACAGGUUUGGUUUUCAAACAGAAGAGCAAAAUGGAGGAGAGAGGAGAAACUUAGAAACCAGAAGCGUCCUUCAGGCGGAGGGGGAGGAGGAGGGGGAGGGGGAGAUCAUGGUUCUCACACUCCUGGUAUGCUGGGGAGUCCUGGUACUCCAGGUCCUACACCUACUCCUGGUCCAGUUACGAGGAUUCCCUUCAAUACAGGGUUCAACUCCAUGUAUCCAUCCAUACCACAACCUAUUGGAACCAUGGCAGAUUCUUACAGGUCCCACUACAGCACCAUGAGUAACCUCUCCUCUAUGUCUCCGUCCUGCCUGCAGGAGAGGAACUCGUCCUACUACUCCAUGUUCCACCAUGAUCCUCUCUCAUCUCUUUCCUCCUCAUAUGGAAGGAGUUGUGGAGUGUCAAGUCAGAGUGCCCAUAUGUCCUCGUAUGGGUCUUCUUUAUCCUCUUCAGUCGGAGCUACUAAUUCUGCGGCAGGAUUGCUUGGUGCUGGAGUAUCUGUCCCUCUGAAUGUGCCUGGCCAGAGUCCUGAUAUUGCCUCCAACUACUGGCCUAGGAUCCAGUAGUUCACUUUUACAGUCAUAGAUGGCAGCAUGGAUGCAGUUUAACUCCUUUCUUGGGAGCCAACUUUCAAAACAUAGAUACAAGGAGAGUUGAAGAUGCAAUACUUUUCAUCUUCUGCAAUGCAAUGAGUCCAAAAUUAGGACGGACAAUAAUUU